AUGUCAGUGGCAGUAACGCUCAAAUUCGACCAGUCUACAACAGACGCCCUUGAAGCAUGGCAACAAUCGAUCCGCUCCAACGCCAUUAACAUUAUCCAAACCACCCUCCCUGCUAAGAUCCUCUCGCUCAACGCUAAAAUCGCCGAAAUCGACCGUAACAAAGACCAUCUUUUCUCGAAGUCUCGUUACUUUGAUCCCAGCCCUAUUGGUACUGAUGUCACCGUACAUCCCGCUUCAUCUUCCACACUGAAGAUUGAGGAUGGUCCGAGCAGUAAGAAGCGUAAAACCACCGAUUCCACUACCACCACCAAUGGUGAGCCCUCCUCCUCCUGCACCAACGCCGAAGGCUCAGCGCACGUCUAUACCGGCGUCGUCCACACUCCUUCCUACCUCACAACCGCUUUCACCGAUCUACGCGCAGAAUGGGACGAAAUAAUCGAAACAAUGGAUUCUCUCAAGAUGUACAUCAACCUCCAGAUGCCCCAAAUGGAAGACGGAGACACGUUUGGAGUUUCCAUUCAAGAAGAGGCGCUGAAUGAGAUAGUGAGGACGCAGGAUUCGGCGUACAAUCUACUUUCUACUCCUUUCACCUAUCAUUCGGCGAGAGGAGAUCUUGCGGCGAAGUUGGUUAGGUAUCCAGGUGUGGAAGACUAUGCAGAAGCGUUAAGAGAACAUGAUAGGAAGAUGGUGUAUAGGUUAAAGAUGCAUCUGACGGAUAUGAGGAAUAUGUAUGCGGUAGUGUUUGAUAUUGUUAAGAAGAACAUUGGUAAGAUUAGUAAGCCUAAGAGUGGGAAUCAGAUGGGAAGCUACGGCUGA